CUUCGAUCUUUUUCAAUAACAUAUACACUGACACUCAAGUUGUUCAAACACAAUGCAGUUAAUAUCUAUGGCGAAAUAUAUAACCAUUUUUAUUUUACUGAAAAUAUGUUUGGCCCAGACUGCAAGUAUAUCUGAUGUGACUAUAACCAAAAAAGAAUGUGCUUGUGGAAAGAUUAAAGGGAACUCGGUAUAUAAAUACAAGUGGAUGGUAGCCUUAAUGAAGCAAAAUCAGAAAGUAUGUACCGGAUUUUUGAUAUCGCCAGAGUAUGUCCUUACAGCUGCGCAUUGUAUAAACGGGACAGAAACUAUUGGUUUGCCAACUAGAAAACGCAUGAAGAUUGUCGGAAUCUCUGAAAUGUUCACGCAUCCGAAUGAUACUUCUGGCAAUAAGAGUUAUGAUAUUGCUAUUAUAAAGCUUCAAAAGAAACUAUCCUGCACUCAAUACACUCCCAUCUGCCUUCCGAACAUCUGUGGCAUGGACAGCGAUAACACGUCAACUGUAAUCGCCACCUGGAGAUCUAGGAAUUCGACAAAAAAUUCACUUAACAACAGCCGACUGAAUUUGGUCGACACUAAUUUAGUAAUAAACCACAAAACCUGCCCAGUUGAAGAACCAAAAUAUUCAAACAAGUUUUGUGCAUCAGGUGACACGAAAGAUGUUAUAUGUCCGGGAGAUUCCGGUUCUCCGCUUUUUUUAAAGAAGCGGAAGAUAUGGUAUGCAGUUGGAGUUUUAUCCUAUGUAGUAAUCAACACGGUUAGUUCUUGUAGUCAACACGGUUACUUUGUCCGAAUCGUAACGUCCUUAGAUUGGGUUUCAAAAGUAACAAAAAUACCAGUGCAAAGUUUGAAAUGCUAGAGAAAUUUGCAACUUUUCUCCACAUUAAAUACUAAUA